UAUGACUUGUUCUCCUGAUCUAAUUCUCAGCCUACAGCAGCAGAACGCUGAUGUGCUUCAGUAGAAGGCAAAGAGGAAGGAUCGUACAUCUCCCACCAGUAUUCUAGAACUCAGGCGUGAAAGCCAAAGUGAAAUCCUUUUCCCGGUUCACCUGGUUUAAUACGGUUUGCUGAAGACAGUUGGUGUGACUUUACCAGGUAGAAGACGGUGGUUGGAUGUCUGGUGAGAUACAUACACAUCUUGGGGAGCUUUAUCCCAGAGAACCUUUUUCCACUCUAUAAGGAGCAUAACCAGAACAUCAGAGGACACAGGAGAACAGACAGUUAUCCUCUGAUGGAUGUUAACAGAACAAAUUUCAUUUAAUGUAAUCUCAUGGAACCUAAGGACGAUUACUCUCCUCUGGAUAAAGAGAUGGUGAACUCCCAUUCCAAUUUUUUGGUCAGCCAGGAUUUGGUGCCUUCCUCGAUAAUGCAAGAUCAAUCAAAUAUGAAGUUUGCUUCUGGAUCUCUAGAUAAUGAAUGUACUUCCAUAAACCAGUCAGAUGAUGGAAUAAUGAAUCAGAAUGGAUCUUCUUGUUUACAAAUGGACACUGUGAGCUAUGUAGGACAGACGCAUGAUGCUGACAGCCAGGCCAACAGAAAGAAUUCCGAAUCUUCAAUGAGUCCUAUUCUGUCCUCGUCGCCUCAGGAUCACGGCAACAUGAGAUUCACGAUGAAACGUUCUCCAGAUGAGGAAUAUAGGAGGUACAGCUAUGAUGACAACACAGAAAGAAGCUACAACAAGUACAUGAAGAGCAGAAACCAGUACCAUCCCUACAAGAGGCAGUAUAGUGAUGUUUUCCCAGAGACGCUUCAUUCUCUAUCCCUCACAGAAAAACCUUACAAAAACAUGGAUGAAAUGGAGAGCUUCGACAAUGUCUGUGUGCCCUCUGAUCCCGAAACAUUCUCCACUCAUGAUAUUUCAGCAGAUACAACAUGGUGCAACACUCUGCAAUAUAGCUCAGCUCAAGAUGAAGGGUCACAGAUAAUGCUGGGGUCAGAGGUCAAGCUGAAGUCACAGUCUAUGGUCAUGCGGCAACAAGAAAAAGAACAGAGAAUGUAUUGGUCCCAGUCCCCAACGCAGCAAAUAUACUGCACGCCACAGACAUUUCCACAGUAUCCCACCGGGGGAAGCUACCCUGUGACAUACAUUUCCACGCCACAUUAUCCUUAUCAAAGGAUCGCACCCCAAGCCGGCAUGGAGUCCCAGCAGCCUCUGUAUCCUAAACCCAUCUAUUCCUACAGCAUUCUGAUAUUCAUGGCUUUGAAGAACAGUAAAACUGGAAGCUUGCCUGUGAGCGAGAUCUACAAUUUUAUGACUGAACACUUUCCUUACUUUAAGACAGCGCCAGAUGGCUGGAAGAAUUCGGUUCGUCACAACCUUUCCCUGAACAAGUGCUUUGAAAAAGUUGAAAAUAAAUCUGGAAGUUCUUCCCGAAAAGGGUGUCUGUGGGCACUGAACCCUGCCAAAAUUGAUAAAAUGCAAGAGGAGCUACAGAAAUGGAAAAGAAAAGAUCCAAUAACUGUGAGAAAAAGCAUGGCAAAGCCAGAAGACCUUGAUAAGCUAAUAGGAGAGAGGACAGAGAAACUGAGGUCUUCACUCCUGGCCUGUAACCCAGUUGGAAUAGUAAAUACAUCUGCUCCGAUGCAAAUGUCAAUGCAGACAACACUCUGUGAACCCACGCUUUCUCCCACGGUGCCCACAUCGCUGCAAUCCAUGCAUGAUAUCUCUGGGUCUUUGCACACCAAAAAACUACUAGUAGGUCACGAGCCGCCAUGUUAUUCUUCAGUACCCCAUGGAUACCCACAGAUAUCACCUGCUAUGAUACAACAGCCUCAUGCCAUGCCACACAAUCAAUUCUCAAACCUGGAGAACCACAAUGAAGUGGGAGAACAGCCCAUAAACCCUCAAGACUCCCCAAUUCCUGCUCAUACUCCACCCCUUCACAACAUGAAGAUGCUGGUAGACCAUUCACCCACUAGAACAACACAAGACAAUGAAGGGGAGCUCAGCAAUGACAUCGAUGCCCUCAACCCGUCUCUAACUGACUUUGAGCUUCAAGGAAAUCUUUGGGAAGAGCUAAAGGAUGACAGCCUGGCUAUGGAUCCUUUGAACCUGAUCUCUUCUGCUCCAACGCCACCUCCACCACAAUAUUUCUUUCCCAAUGGGGAUUGUGUCAACAACAACAACGAGGUUACUACCCCAAGUAGUACGUCUCAUAUGGGAUUAGGCGACAUCCGUCUCACUACAGUGUAUUCUUCAUUCAUGGAACUGGAUACAGCAAUGUCAUCAUAUAUCAAUACUUCGGGGGCCAAGCACGUUGCAAUAGUAUAAGUCAGUAUUUAUUAGACAACCUGGAAAUAAUUUGGUCUCAGUGGACUGAGGUGAACGUAGCCAAAGGAGACCUGCAGAAACUGUACAAAAUAUUCUACUACACUUGAGUAGCCUAGUUUGAGAAUUAUCUUUAAUUCGCUCUCACAUGGGCUUUUGAUGACAUUGGUUGAUAUGAUAUCAAUCAGCAUUGUCAUAUUUUUGUGUUCGGGAUAAAAGCUACAAGCAAACAUUAUUAGUUAUGCAAAAAGGGAAUGAGCCUCUAGAGUACAAAAUGUUUAAGAUGGGUGAGAAAAGAAAAAGUACAAUACAUCCCCGUAUCCUCUCUAAAUCCACAUUUAAGGCAUUGGCUGGUUAGUAUAUAGAAGUCAGGCUUGAUGAUAAGAUCCCAUAGGGAAAGGAGGGGAUGAUGACAGAAUCAGUGGUUCUUUAGAGCAAUCUAGGCAACUGAAGGGCUAGUCAUCCAAAGGGCUAAUACUUUUAGUAAGCUAAAUGACUGUAAUGUA